UUUCUCCGUAUUUCCUUCACCUCCGGCUAAAUCUCAGGCGAAGGAUCCGGCCGUGAGCUUGAUGUUUCGUUCUCCUCUACUUAUCUGGCGUGAAAGCUGAUCAUAAGUUAGUUGACUUGCCGCGAAACAUCUUUUGUUUGUCUGAAAAGUAAAUACGCACGCACACGGAGCAAAUCCAGGGCAAGUUUGGUGGGUUUUGUUUUGGAUUAGAGAGGUUAGGAGAAAUACAAUUUUGUUUGGUGGUUUCAAGUAUGCUACCUAGUGGGUUGAAAGAAACCCAACUCCGUGAGAGCAACAACAACCAAAAAGUCCAUCCUCAACCAAUGGAAGAGUCUAUCAAUCAGAACCCAGAAGCUAUGGAAGCACUUAUUUCUAAUCUCUUUGGGAACAUCUCAUCUUUGAAGUCUGCUUAUAUUGAGCUUCAAAGUGCUCAUACGCCUUACGAUCCCGAGAAGAUUCAGGCAGCCGAUAAAGUUGUUAUUUCUGAACUCAAGAAUCUUUCGGAACUGAAGCACUUUUACAGAGAGAAUAACCCCAAACCUGUGUGUGUCUCUCCACAAGACUCUCGUUUAGCUGCAGAGAUCCAAGAACAGCAGAGUCUCUUGAAGACUUAUGAGGUUAUGGUGAAGAAGUUUCAGUCUGAGAUUCAGAACAAGGAUUCUGAGAUCACGCAGAUGCUGCAGAAGAUUGAAGAAGCAAACCAGAAACGACUUAAGCUUGAGAAGAAUCUCAAGUUAAGAGGAAUGUCUGCAAACGAAGGCUCUGGUGGAGAUGGCAAUUUGCAAUUUCCUGACUUAACCACCGAACUCUUCAUAUCUACUUAUGAAACUGCUGCUAAAGCUGUGCAUGAUUUCUCCAAGCCGCUAAUCAACAUGAUGAAAGCUGCGGGAUGGGAUCUUGAUUCUGCAGCCAAUUCCAUUGAACCUGAUGUUUCUUACGCCAAGAGGCCUCACAAGAAAUAUGCAUUUGAAUCAUACAUAUGCCAAAGGAUGUUCAGUGGGUUUCAGCAGAAGAAUUUCUCAGUAAACUCAGAGAGUAGUAUGGUUAUGGCUGAUGACGACACAGACACCUUCUUCCGCCAGUUUCUUGCUCUGAAGGACAUGGAUCCACUAGAUGCUCUAGGUACUAACCCUGAUUCCAACUUUGGUAUAUUCUGUAGGAGCAAGUAUCUCAUCUUGGUCCACCCAAAGAUGGAAGCUUCCUUCUUUGGAAAUCUAGACCAGCGUGACUACGUGACAGGAGGUGGGCACCCGAGGACUGCAUUUUACCAGGCCUUCUUAAAACUUGCAAAGUCGAUAUGGAUCUUGCACAGGCUUGCUUACUCGUUUGAUCCAGCUGCAAAGAUCUUCCAAGUUAAGAAGGGUAGUGAGUUCUCUGAUUCAUACAUGGAGAGUGUUGUGAAGAACAUAGUUGUGGAUGAAAAAGAGGAGAAACCAAGAGUUGGUCUAAUGGUUAUGCCUGGGUUUUGGAUUGGUGGCAGUGUGAUUCAAAGCCGAGUUUAUGUUUCAGGUGUCAAGGUCCUUGAGUGAAGGAUCUCAGGAACUGUCACUAUGUUGUGCAACUUUUAUUUCCUCUUUGCUAUAAUUAUAUUCUCAGAAGCCUACCUGUAUCAUCUAUCUAUUAUCCAAAAAGAAAAAAGUUGUUGUCUUCCA